GCCUGCAUCGCGGGUUAAACGAACGAGCCGGCAGUUCUGACUACCUACUGCUUUGUUAUGCUGAACGUGUGUUGUCCUGGGACGGGUGCCGUAAGGCAGGGGCCCCGGCUGAGCCAGCCUCAGUACGGUUAGUGGAUGGUUGGACUCAAUCAUCUUAAAGUUGCCUUUUCUAACCAAAACGAUUCUGUGAGAUGUGAGAUGCUGGAACUCUGCCAGGCCCCUGCAUGGUUUCCUGGGCCAUAGUUGAUCAGAGAUUGCAGCACUGAAGCUGUUCUGUGCUCUUUAAACUGAAGAGUAACUGAAAAGUGGAAGACUUCUGACAUGAUGCAUUUUUUUCUGUGGAUGGGCAUAUAAGAUUGGUUUUGAAGACGUUCUAAGAGCCCUUUUUACAAAACUAUCUCAAGUUCACAUUUGUGUUCAGAGGAAGCAAGAAGAAUGUCACAAAAACACCUGAAAGAAGCCUUUAUCAGCAACUUAAACGGAACUAGUUUGCUGGAGAUCUCAGCAGGCCUGGCUUUGGCUCCGCUCUGCCUGCUCUGCAGAGGGCUUCUCUUAAUUUUGUACUACCUGCACUACGGGAAACAUCUACAUUCCAGGAAAUACAGCCUGCUGCUUGACUUCCUUGUGCUGGUAUCCCCUCUCCUGUUUUGCUGUACAGUCCUGUCUCAAAUCAUCUUUUUCAUGCCAGCUAUCAUUGCAACCUUCUGUGCUGGAAUAUUUUGUGUAGUGUACAGCCAGAGGAAGCAUGAGAUCCAGGUGCCUUUUUGGCACAUUGUGAAAGACUUCCAGAAGACACCCUUGGAUCCAGAAUACAUUCCAGCAAUAACCGUGUUCCGUGUUUAUGUCAAUGUGCUGACAUCCAUCAGCAUCUUAGCAGUGGAUUUCCCACAGUAUCCAAGGAGAUAUGCCAAAGCCGAAACCUAUGGAACUGGAGUUAUGGAUCUGGGCGUUGGAGCUUUUAUUUUUGGUAACGCUCUUGUUUGUCCUGAAGUUAGAAACAAGUCUAAUGCAAGACAACCAAGAUUUUCCAGUCUGGCCAAGCAGUCCUUCUCUACUUGGCCGCUGAUUUUUCUUGGCAUUGGACGGCUGCUUAGUGUUAAAUCUCUAGAGUAUCAUGAGCAUACUUCAGAGUAUGGAGUGCACUGGAAUUUUUUCUUUACCUUGGCAUUUGUGAGGCUUGCAGCAUCUCUACUUUUAGCCAUAUUUCCAAAAACUAAGUCUUGGAUCAUUGCUAUAAAUCUUGCUGUAUUUUACCAGCUUAUUCUUAACACUACUUCUCUGAAGAUGUUUAUCCUGCAUGGGAGCAAUGGCAGAGACACCAGGGUUGGCUUUGUGAAUGCCAACAGGGAAGGGCUGCUCUCCCUUUUUGGCUAUCUAGCCAUCUACAUGGCAAGCAUCCAAGUGGGACUCUGUCUGCUGAAGUGCAGACCCUCAGUCAGAGGCUGGACUGAAGCAGUGUGUUUCUCACUGCUGAUUAUCUGCCUGCUCUUUGUGUUUCUCUGGGUCUCUCAAGCAUAUGCAGACCCCGUGUCCCGCCGGAUGGCUAACCUGUCCUACUGCAUCUGGGUGGUUGCUCACUGCCUGACUUUAUUUCUCUGUUUUGUAGUGACUGACCUCACCCUGGUGUUCACAAAGCUGGUCGUGAAGGGGGCCAGCGUGCCCUGCUGCUGGGACAUUGGAAACCCCACCACCACCAGUAGAAGGCAUGAACUGGAAGCUGUGCCUGGGUGGAGGGAAGGCAAGCUGUCACACACUUGCCUGAUUAGUGCUAUUAAUAAAAAUCAAUUACUGUUUUUCUUGCUAGCAAAUGUUAUGACUGGUGCCAUCAAUAUCCUGAUAGAUACAGUCCACUGCAAGGCUGCAUUUACGUUAUGCAUACUGCACUUCUAUAUGUUUUUAAUCUGUUUAAUUAUGCAUGUAUUGCACACCAAAAAUAUAGUAGUAAAGUUUUGGUGAGGCCAUUCUUUCCAGCUGAAGUUUGCUUGAUGCAAUUGAUUGUAUUUUAAUAGGGAAAAAUAUUAUUUUCCCUGUAUGUACUGCAAUAACUUAUAAUUUGGUAGAGCUUUUUAUGAUGUAGUGCUUUUUUUGAUGUUUUACCAAAUUAUAUAGUUAGUGCUGCUGCCUGUUGUUGUCACACAUUUUGCUGAAAAGUUAAGUUUUUGAGCUUGUUUCUGAAUCCUCCUGCUGCUGCUCCUGAGAAGAGUAACAGUAUGUUCAGAUCUGGUGAAGACCGCCCAUACCCAGCUGCUGGGAAAAUUAGAUAACAACACAGAGCAGAAGCCAGAUGAAAAGUAAGAAAAUGAGUAAUUAGAGAGAGACAUAGCUGUGCAAGAUUUAGCUAGGUAAGUCCCUUGCAUGUAUUGUGUAAGUGGAUACUUCAAAAUGUUUUGGCCUCAGUCUUGCAAAGAUUUAUGCUUGUGCUUGCCUUUGAUGGACGUAAUUUGAUGUGGGAUGUUAAUCAUACACUGAAAUCUAAAUUAGCCUUUGAUUUAAAGCUAAGUCUUACUUUCUUCCUUGCUGAUGAAUAUAAAUGAAGAACCUGACAUAAAGCAUGAUGCUGUGGUUAAAAUUCAACUGGAUUCAUAAAAACAGUUGUUGGAAUGUGUGGUGCAGAUAAUAAAAGCAGCACAGCCUUUAUGAGAAAAUAAGAGAGAUGCAGAACUAAUUCACCCCCAGCCUGCACACCAACAUGUUGUGACAGCUCGUCUUUAGGAAGGCUGUAAAAUACGGUCUUCAGCUCCACUUUGAAAGUACUUGAGGCCCACCUACUUGUCUAUACAGUCACUUAAAACAGCAGCUCGUUUGGUGCUGUGUUUUGACAGCUGAGAUGCCUUCAAGUGGGAACGUUCUGUAUUAAUUUGUAUUUGCACAGUGUGCAAAAGGA